AUGUCUUCAAAUAUUAGCAACUCUAAGGAAAGCAAACGCACAGCAAGGACGGAUGACCUGGCUCCGCCGCCAAUGCCAGUCAUUCCAGAUAACCUGGCUCCACCCCCUAUGCCUGUUAUUCCAGAUAACCUGGCUCCUCCCCCUAUGCCAGUCAUUUCAUCUAACCUGGCUCCGCCCCCUAUGCCAGUCAUCCGGAAAGACCUGGCUCCGCCGCCAAUGCCAGUAAUUCCAGCUAACCUGGCUCCACCCCCUAUGCCUGUCAUUCCAGCUAACCUGGCUCCGCCGCCAAUGCCAGUAAUUCCAGCUAACCUGGCUCCGCCGCCAAUGCCAGUAAUUCCAGCUAACCUGGCUCCACCCCCUAUGCCUGUCAUUCCAGCUAACCUGGCUCCGCCGCCAAUGCCAGUAAUUCCAGCUAACCUGGCUCCACCCCCUAUGCCUGUCAUUCCAGCUAACCUGGCUCCACCCCCUAUGCCAGUCAUUCCAGCUAACCUGGCUCCACCCCCUAUGCCAGUCAUCCGGAACGACACGGCUCCGCCGCCAAUGCCUGUCAUCCGGAACGACACAGCUCCGCCGCCAAUGCCUGUCAUCCAGAACGACACGGCUCCGCCGCCAAUGCCUGUCAUCCGGAACGACACGGCUCCGCCGCCAAUGCCAAUCAUUCCAGAUAACCUAGCUCCUCCCCCUAUGCCUGUCAUUCCACCUACCCUGGCUCCUCCCCCUAUGCCUGUUAUUCCAGAUACCCUGGAUCCUCCACCUAUGCCUGUCAUCCGGGAUGAUGUGGCUCCGCCGUUGAUGGCAGCACAUGUUUCAUACACGUCUGUCAUCGACAAAAUCAUUAUGGACUCUCGUCCAGCUAUUUCCUCUGAGAGGAAGCAAGGUCGCUAUUCUCCACCCCCUGAAGCAUGCCACCUGCUCCUUCAAAACCCUUAUUUUCGAACCUACGGCAGGUUUGAUCCCAUGGGCGGCUACCCCGGUUCGCCUCCCACCCAGUCUGACAUUGAGUUCGAGGAUGUGACAGAUCAGACGGCAUAUUUUAACCCUCCUUUUCUAUAUAAUUAUACCGAGCAGCAGCUACGGGCAACAUACGACCAAAUAAUUGACAGUUCCGUCGGCGACAAUAGUUAUGACAGCAAGGUCACAACGUUUAAGAACCUCCGCCUGCAUCAGCUGCAGUCAGAAAUUCUGACUUAUAAUGCGCUGGAGGAAAUUGACGCUGGGCUGGCAGGGAUUGAAUCGAGUUUGGAAAAGCAUUUGUAUACCGGUAGAGAUGAAUAA